CCCCGCCCCGCGGAAGCUCCGAGCCUCGGUCGGAGGCCUGGCUCCGCGGGAGAGUCACGCGGCCUCCGCUGCUGGCAGUACUUGCGGAGGCGGAGCAAGGGACUAAAGCAUGGAUCUUGAUGGCUCUGAACAAGAUCCUGAAGUGAAGGAAUAUUCUCCUGUCUGUGUUGGCAGAGAAGAUGACAUUAAAAAAUCUAAAAGAAUGACAGCUGUUGUCCAUGAUAGAGAAGUGGUCAUUUUCUACCACAAAGGAGAAUAUCAUGCGAUGGAUAUUCGCUGUUACCACUCAGGAGGGCCUUUACAUUUGGGAGAAAUAGAGGAGUUUGACGGACGACCAUGCAUAGUUUGCCCCUGGCAUAAAUACAAAAUUACUUUGGCAACAGGAGAAGGACUAUACCAGUCUAUAAACCCUAGAGAUCCAUCAGCAAAACCUGAGUGGUGCUCCAAAGGAGUAAAGCAAAGGAUUCAUACAGUGACAGUGGACAAUGGGAACAUUUACGUGACUCUUUCUAAAGAACCUUUUAAGUGUGACUCUGAUUUUUAUGCCACUGGGGACUUCAAAGUAAUUCAGAGUUCUUUCUGAUAAAAUUAUAUGGCAAUGAAAAAUGGUGUGUGUGUUUGGAAAAUAUUUUUAGAAUAACUUUGCUUCAAUACCAAAGAGGAUUAAUUUUCCCAAAACAGGCACAUUUAUUACUUACUUUAAAAAAAUCACAUAUAUCUGAGUAGUUCAAAGUGAUGUAAGGAUUAUUGUUAAGAUCUAUAGAAUACAUUUCACCCAAUCCUCUGGACUGAUUGGAACCUGAAGGUUAUAGGUUUGGAAUGUGCAUUUUCAGGGUGAAAAUAAUUUGCAGUAACCACAUUGAAAAAGGUAAAAAUAAGAUCUAAUAAGAACCAUUGGGGAGGGGGGUAAUCCUUAUUUUGAUGUAGUAGACUUUAUCUUGGAAAAGUUUUAAUAUAUACAAACUAAACAAAAUAGUGUAACAAAUUCUCAUCACCUAGCUUCAACAAUUACCAGCAUUCUUCCAUUCUUAUUUCCAUUCUUAUUUCACUGAUACCUCCACACACUCCCCAUCUCCCCUAUUUAUUAUUCUUACUUUUUAAAAGUAAAAUUUAAAUACACUGAAAUACUUAAAUCUCAACUAUUCAAUAUUUCUAAAUACAUAGCAGACUUUUUAUACUUUAAAAAUGUCUCCAAAAUGGGGUUGAUUUACAUGCUUCAUUUAAAAAUAAGAAACUUAUUCAACACUUACAUACAACACCUGGUGCUUGUCACAAGUGCACUCCUUAAUCCUCAUGUACUGCGCAUUGAAACCACAUAAGUCUUGGCUCAGUUUCUCUCUGGUCAAGGCAGACACUCCUAAAGUAAGGAAGAUACACACAGCUGCUUCCCAGACAUGAAGGACAUGAAGUCUCUUACUCAGUGAGCCAAAGUACUGGGAGUGCCUAGAUGAAAUUGUCAAAUAAAGGUGUUCCUUCUUUUUUCAGAA